AAGAGUUGCGGCAGCCGCCAUCUUUGCGCUUGAGGCUUGGUGCGGGUGGAUUGGACAAAAGAGUGUUCUUCCUAACUUCCUCGACGAAAAAACCAUGGGACGCAAGAAGAAGAAGCCAGCGAAGCCCUGGUGUUGGUACUGCAACCGGGAGUUUGACGACGAGAAGAUUCUCAUCCAGCACCAGAAGGCAAAGCACUUCAAAUGCCACAUCUGCCACAAGAAGCUGUACACGGGUCCCGGGCUGGCCAUCCACUGCAUGCAGGUUCACAAGGAGACCAUCGACAAGGUUCCCAAUGCGCUGCCGAACAAGAACAGCGUGGACAUUGAGAUCUACGGCAUGGAGGGCAUCCCAGAGGAGGACAUCAGGGAACACGAGCGGCAGAAGCAGGACCGCGGAGGAGGAUCGGGCGACGAGCAGGACGACGACCGGCCUGCCAAGCAGCCUCCACCCCAGGCCUCGACAGCCCAGCAGUCUGUGUUACAGGCGCAGCAAGCGGCGGCCAUGGCGGCGGCCCAGAUGAACCCGGCAUUGGCGGCCGCACCGAUGGGCAUGGCGGCGGUCAUGCAGGGUCAUCUGGGACACAUGCAUCCGGCCGUCAUGGCGGGUAUGCCGGGUAUGCCCCCCUUCGGAGCACCGCCGGGCAUGCCUCCGGGCAUGCCCCAUCCGAUGGCCGGCGCCCCGCAUCCAAUGGCACCCCACCACAUGGCAGCCAUGGGAAUGGCACCACCAUUCAUGGGACCCGGUCACAUGCCGGGGGCUCCCAUGCCCAUGAUGGGCGGGCUGAUGCCGCCACCGCAUCCGGCGCCACCCGCACAGCCACCCGUCACCCAGGCACCACCCAAGCCUCUCUUCCCGGCAGCACAGGCGGUUGCCACGGCGACUACCACGGCCACGAAGCCCACCUUCCCCGCGUACAGUACGUCCUCGCCAAGUAGCACCACUGGAUCAUCCACACCGUCAUCUACGACAGAGCCCGCAUCCAGCACGCCUCCGACCAGCAAUGCGGUGGUCUCGGCGCCGCCAGACAUCAAGAAGCCUGCACUCGUUGUCCCUGCUGGGGCUUCCAGCAAGAUCAUCCAUCCGGAAGAAGACAUCUCCCUGGAGGAAAGGCGGAUGCGGCUUCCCCAGUAUCAAACGGCCGAGACGAGCCAACCUGCCACCAAGUCCACGGCAUCUCCCUCGGCCACUGCCUCUCCGACCGUCAACGGAGCCCUCCGACCACCGGUGCCCAUGCCUCCCCCUGGCAUGGCCCCCGGCAUGCCGCCCGGCGUUCCCCCGGUGCCGUACCGCCACGCAGGGGCACCACCCAUGCCGUUUCCUCCGCAGCCCGGUGUGACACCUCCCAUGAUGCCCCGGCCAUUCUAGGCCCCGCUCCCCGCUUCGUCAUCGUCAUCAUCGCUUGCUCUCUCGUCGAUGCCAUCGGAGCAGAUAAGUGGUCGGUGACGUCGUCUUCUAUUCUCCCCCCUCCCCCGCAACACCCUCCUCUAAGGAGGGGAGGGUGUUCGCAAAGGGGGGAGAGGGGUCCGCUGCUCAACAAGGUUUGUUGCUGCGGCGAUUUGCGACGGCGAUGUCUCCUCACCUCCGACCAACUUCACGAAGUUCCCUUCACUGACACACGCUCUUCUCUCUUUUUCUCUCUCUCCUCCUGUUCAAAACUAUGCUCGCUGUCAAACACCUCCGUUUAUUUUUCUGUGGCCGUCGCCAACUGUCUGCGGGCACACACAACACAGUAAGUCUCAAAGCAGGCAAGUGUUUCAUUGUCAAUUGUAUAACAUUUGCGCUCGCGCCCGUAUGUUUGAAGAUUAAACCCCAGGGAAGCAAACCGCUCGCUCGCACGCACGCGCACACGCACCGGCUGUGGUGGUUGUGAUCGAGAGACGACGUGGUGUUCCUGCGAACGAGCUUGUGCUGUCAAGGUAGGGGUGUCGCGCGCCGUGUGCCGUCAAGGUAGGCGAAAAACGUACGUCAACCCGUGAAGUUUCUUGUGUGUUGGACGCUGUGACUUGCUGUGAUGUUGUGACCGUCUGGGAGAAGACGCCAAGGUUUGUGCAAGGGAAGUCAUCUUUUCUAUGCCCCCAUUGUGUGUGUAAUGACUGUACAUCAUUUUUUUUUUUUCUCGUUUAAUUUCACCUCCUGUCCUCCCAUCUCCUGAUCCCGGUAGUGCGUGUACGUCGGCAAACGUGAGCUAAAGAAGAAAAUUUUUUUUUGUUUGUCUUGUAAUCCCUUCUGCUUGUUGAGCCUUUUUAUUGUCAUUUGGGACGAGUGCAUUCUUGAAGUUGUGUAAGCAAUAAACAACUCCCUUUUGACUCUCCUGGUGCUGCACCUAAAGGCGUAAGUACGUACACUUACGUUUUGCGCAUCGCGGACCACUUCAAGGCUGUCCCAGCCAUGCAUCGUUGUAAGAACUCUCCGUUUGGAAAACUAUGUCAGUGCGGGGCAAAGUGGUUCGAAAGUCUAGAUGGCUAAAGAGGUUAAUCUUAAUGGGCUGUGCAGGUUUACUGAAGUAGCUUUCACUCUUUAGAGUGCAGCUCUUAUACGCCUGCUCUUGCAUUGAGUGUCGGUGUGCCUUGUCCAUCGUAACCGAAAGAACGAACCGAAGCAAAAACGAAAGCGAACAUGAACUGCGCAGGAGAUGGUAAAAGGGUGAAGGGGAAAGCAGAACGGCGCACGAUACUACGAGAUGGCGACAUGGUAUUCGCAAUCUAGGUGCCAGAAGCUUAUCACCGCCGCCACCAUGAGGGCGCUCCAGUUUUGCAUUGCUGAAGCAGGAGCUAAAUCUAAAUGCGAUCAGUCGUGGAUGUACAUUGCUGCUUGGCUUAGUUUCGCGACCAACCUAGAUGUGAUGAGUGGUAGAUGGAACAAAGUCCCAGUGCAGAUCCAAGCUGUAAAUGGAAAGCCAUGGUCCGCAUCGACCAGCCAGACUCCUCUAUUGUCUGUUUGAUCAUUUGAUGCCAACUGAGUGAAAGUUUGCUGAAGUUAUUGUGGUCGGUUACAGUUUAAAAAAAAAUCGGAAGAGAUCCUGCCCAGAUGCUCGAAGUCCAGCAGCCGAUCGCCUUCACCACUAAAAAAAUAGUCCGGCUCACGACGUCAUUGUGAACUGUGUGGCCAUUGGUGCAGGCUUGUGUGUUUCUGUUAAAGUGGAAAUGCCGCUGACUUAUAAAGUUGUACCCGACUAAGUGGCAUACAGUGGGUGGCUGUCAAUGAUCUCUUGACUCAGAUCCUAUCCUCUGCAGCAUAGCUUAGUGUCAGUGAAGCAUUGUAUUGGGGAAAGGUCUGGACGGAGUGGUCAAGCCUAGAAGUGGUCCGUGAUUGCCGUGCACGGUUUUGAGGGUGCCGAGAGUGUUGGGGGUGGGGGGCUGCGCUGUCGCAGAGUCACCGACGCGCGGUCUCUCUUGUCUGUCUCUCCUCCUCCGUUGGUUCCCCCUCUCCUCCGUGUAGGCUUGAUGAGGCCCACUGUGGGGAUGACCGCCGACCUCAAUUCCCACGCUGUUGAGAGAGUCGGUGAGCCACGCCGCCCCAGGAGGAGGCAAGUGUUUGUCUCUCUCUAUGAUGACGGGGCCGUGCCACCUUUCACAGUGGCUCUCCUGAGUCUGGGAGCUUUGCUGCUGUUGGACCCUCCCCCCUCCUUGGUUUUGGCGGAUGGGGGAGGGGGUCCCCAACCCCUCCCCUCUCGUGGGCUCCGGGGUUCGGCGAAAGGCGGCCCCCCCCUCUUUUUUUUAUUUCUAUGUUUUUUGUUUAUACUUUGCAUUUAAAGUAUUGAGUUGGUAGUUAACAGAGGGGGGUGCCUUAACCCGACUCGCCACAUAAUUUUACCUGUUUAGGCUCUUGGGAAGGGGGUGAGACAGGGAUUGCCGAGACGUCUCAGCGUAAAACACUUUCGAGUCGAGUUGGACACAUCUCCAAGCAAGGGGUUUAUACUUCAUCGGAAACAUUACAAGGUUGAGUUGUGUAAACCCUAUUUAAUGGUGGCAGACUUGUAGUAUUCACAUGCAGAAUGCACUUUAAACAUUGCAGAAAAAUAAGACUGGAUUGGAUGAAGCUAAUAUGCGCAGAUGUGCUGUGCUUCGUUUCAAGUGAAAGAGUAUCGCUAUAACCCUGUUAUAGAUAGUGCCAUAGUGUUCCACAGUGUUAACACAUGCAAGUGUUAAACAGUGACAUAGUGCACAGCCUGCAGCCUCACCUUCUUGCCAAAUGCCAUUUUAACUCCCCUUUCAUAGGCACCAACCUGUGGUUGUCCCUUUUCAACCCGACACCUAUUUACUGCUGUUUCGUAAGCACCAAUCUGCAGCCUUACUCCCAUUUUCUCCAGAGUUUUUGACUACAUUGCACCUAUUUUACUCCCUUUAAGUAAGCACCAUGCUCCCUUCUCAUCUCUUAACAGAACUUACUCCCUUUUGGUAUGAUUGCAUUUCGGUAACAUUUCAUGGAACUUUUCUAUAAGCUCAUAAUUGGGCACCUUCCCAUGUGGAGGGGUGUAUGGGAGUAGAAAGGUGCAUCUCGAGCAACUCCUUGUCAUGGGAGUAAACUGAGAGGUGUUAUUAGUGAGCGCUGCAGUGGAGGAGUCAAUGCCACCCUUCAUGCCUUCAGGUAUGGAGGUUCAUGGGUACAUCUAGUUGCACCCUGUGAAUUGCACAAUGACGCGAGCGGUACACCUUGUCAAAAUUUUCUGGUGCACUUCGUUUCAGAGGAACGGCCUUGCUUGGAGAUUGUCCUGAGGAAAGUACUAUCCAAGCCUGAGCAGUCAAUGUUUUUUGCACUUUAAGAAGUAAAAAUGAAACAAAUUCCGACGAUGCACUUGCCAAAUCAGAGGCUUGAAAUUGUGUGGCGGGUCUUAACUAACGAUUGCUGUCGGACAACCUGUAACGGACGAAGCUUUGUUAACAUGGUGUGGUUGCUUCCAAGUGUUCACCAACAAGAGGCUUUUGUUUGUAUGGCAUGCCAAGUGCUCGAUACAGGCAUCAGUAUACCGAUCUCUUGGCGGGAUUUUGCUUUGACACUGCAAUGGCUUUCAAUAUUCACUGAGGGUGGUGAUGGGUAGACCCACUGUUGCGGAAUAGAUUCAACAGUGUCUUUCCCAUUCACACAUUUGUCCCAAACAGUGCGAAGAAACUGGCAUACACUAAAAAGAUUUCUUCAGAAUAACUCGUCGAAAAAGUAAUUAUAAGUGGUCGCAAGUACUCAAGGUUGUCUCCACACUAUACCUUGCAGAAAACAGGAUUGCAUAAGACGUUGCCUGCAUACAUGAAGCACAUGUACUGUAUGGGAAGGAUGUCAUUCUACUGUAAUAAUCCAGGAGCACUCGUGUGCAGCUAUGGUGUUCUAAAAUUUUUGGAGCAGCGUGAUCCGUAGUAGUGCCAACGGCGUUAGCAGGAAGUUCGUGCAUUUCGAUUAAAAGUGAGGUUUUUCAGCAAGGUUCACUGUUCUAAGUCAGCCAUCGCACCUUUUUUUUUCCAAACUAAAAGCUUUGCAGAAAAACAGGACUACAUAAUAUGUUGCCUGUGCACGAAGCACGUGCACUUUAGGGAAUGGUAUUCUAGUAUUAUAAUACUCUAGGGGCACUUGAGCGCAGUUCGGGUUUCCUCACAUUUUUGGAGCAGUGCGUCCCAUCCGUAGAAGUGCCAACAGCAUUAGUGAAAAGUUUGUACAUUUCGACUAAAAAGCGAGAUUCUUUUCAGCGACGUUCACUAUUCUAUGCUUGGUCAGCUGUUAACUUUCUUUUUUUUUUUUUUUUUGCCAGAACUUCUGGCCAGAAUUUCGAUGUGAAGGAGCACUUGCAAGCCAGGCGCCUAUGGCCUAACAAAAGCCUCCUGUUUCCUAGUCUUUGCUUCUUUUUUAUCGUCUUUGUCCCUGCCGAGAUUUCUUGCAGUGCACAUGUUUUCUUAGUAAGCCUAUGCAAGAAGAGCAGCCUUCCGUCGGUGUCGCCAAACAUCGGAAUGCCACCAUUAUCGACAAAACACAUUCACAAACUGGGGCCGAGCAUCCGAAGAUCAGCAGUGUCAUCAUCUCUCAAGAUGUGUUUUUAAUGAUCACUUGUAUUACUGAGCGGUACCAAGGGCACGGGUCGUGUCGCCAGGCGACCCGUGUCUGCAUGUAGUGUGUGUCGGGCGAGUUUGUGGGGUGCCCGCGGGGUUUCGGGCGAUGGCGCGGCAGUGUCGACAAUAAAUGGCUUCGAGUUU